CAUUCCUCCUAAGAGAUCUAAUUUUCAAAGCCCAGACCCGUCUAUAUCCAAUACUCUUAACAAUCUCAAGUCCUCAAGGCAACCUCAAAAGUAGCAAGUGCAACCACCAAAGCACAACAAAUAAUCUUCCCAGCCGUAGGCCUCAACAAUAGAACCUUCUCUUCCCCCCCAUCAUCCUUCACAACCUCCUCACUGCUCUCUCCGCCCUCCUUCUCCAACCCCUCCGCAUCCAACAACCCCUCAUUCUCAACAUCAGAAGCUCGCAUAGGAGAACCCUCCUUCCAAGCCUCCUGACUAUAAUGAUUAUAACACCACGUCGCCACCGUCACAAUCCCCCCUCCACAGACCCUCCAAGGCGUGAAAGUCUCAGCUCUCAACUGCGGGAGCAGGAUGAACUGACUAGCAGCGAUGGUAAUAAGACUACUCGCCGUCCCAAUCAACUUCAGAAUAUUAUCUCUCGCUCUCAAAACCACCGCGACGACGAUUCCCGUUCCGGAAGUAAUGACUACAAGUCCCAGGACCGUAGCCACGAACUCGAAAGCCGUACUUCCUGCCUCGGAAAAGGAUUUCCCAGACGGCGCAAGAGGCAAAGCAAUGAUAGAGAAUAACACUCCCCAGGUAUACAAAUACAUCUGACUCUCCCAGAACUCGCCCAUCUUCGUCGACGUCUCGGUCGCGAUACUAGCCAUAGCAGACAAACACGCAAUAGCAAAGCCCGCCACCGGAGCCAGAAUCCACGACGGCGUCGCACUCCCACUCCUAUCCCCCUUCCCCCCUUUCAAAGACGACGACGAGGGAACAUUGAACACCACCAGUCCAACACAUAGACAUCCCAAACUGGUCCAUGCAUAAGGGUUCCGCUGCGGUUUAAUCACGUAAUGAUGCAGCACGCCCGUGGUGGGUAACUUCAUCAGCACACAAACCUGCAGCAAGCUCGGGCUCGUCUUGGGCAGGACGGUGUAGUAAAUGAGGUUAUUCGCCAGGUACAAUCCCGCUGGGAGUGCAUACUUGAGGAUCCUUCUGAAAUCGAGCGUUUCCCCCUCGCGCAGUGCAAGGAGGCAUUUUUUGAAUCCCGGGAGUGUGAAUCCUGCGUUGGCUUUGAGGAUGAAGAAGAGGGCGAGGAGGAACUUGAGGGUUUCCGAGAGGAGGUUGAUCAGGGAGGCGGAGAUUUGGGGAUAGGUGUGGAAGGCGUGGUAGGCGUAGUUUGCGCGGACGGUUUCGCAGGAGAUGUAAAGGGUGAGGAGGAGGGAGGAUGUUGAGGGGGCCAUAUUUUUGGAGUGCGAGGUUGGGGCAUCGGUUGAGUGAUGUGUUGAGGAUGUGUACGAAGUCGUUCGGAUUGAUUACAUUUUUCUGUUCCUGUUGCGAUCCGUAUAAGGGAAGCAAAAGAAACACACACUUGCUUUACGCAGUGUAUAUGUCUCACCCCUCUGGCGAAUUUCGUGGCGUUCCAGCCCCAAGGACCUGUUUUUAUUUAAUUAUCUCCCUCCUUUUUCUGCUUCACGAUGUCUUGAUGGAGCCCUGAAUAUUGCGUCUGGGAAAUGCCGGGAAGCCAAUGCUUUAAUUUUCGUCACGAAUGGAAAAAGGGGGAUUCCAUGCACAGAUAUUGAUUGAGCUGUUCACCUGAAAUAGCGAACCAAUCAAAAGCAAUUCAUCCCACCAUGCAGGGGUUUUAGCGAGAUGUCGAGGCUGGAAUGCUUUGUUUUUUUUUCCAUCCCAUCCCUUGCUGCGAGUCUCCCCUGCCUCAGCUGCGCGAAUUAUGGGAUAUUACUAUACGGAUAUGAUACCAAGUAUGUCUUUUUAUGAGUAUAACUUUUAUAUCUUGGUGGUGAUUGUGGUGGGGGUAGUUUACCUCCAGCAAAAGCACGUGGGACGACGACCUGACGUCGAAGGAGGACGGUCACCAACGUCCUCGGGGGAGCUGUGGAAUUUCAAAAAGACCUUCUUUCCCGUGUAUGUCCUUGUCCUUGGUUCAGAUUGAAUCCAGGUACGUUCUUGGAUGUCUCGAUGUCGUAGACAGAACUGAUGAUGUAGAAUCCUUAUAUCUAUACGUUGUAUAAGGAUGAGAAAGGGCUCUCGGAAGAAACUAUUACCCUGCUCUUCAUCGCAAGUUUCUUAGCAGCCGCUAUCUCGGCCAUUUUUGCGGGAGCGUUGGCUGAUAGAUAUGGCCGACGAUGGGCAUCUCUUGGUUUCUGUGCGGUUUACUCUCUUUCUUGUUUCACUGUGUUGUCCAAGUCGGUUCCUGUGCUUUUCGCUGGUCGAAUGCUUGGUGGUGUUGCGAAUACCAUGAUGGCAACACUUUUUGAAAGUUGGAUGGUAUCGGAAUUCCACAAAAGAAAAUUAGAAGAGGUGGGCUCUUUGAAAGAUGUUUUUGGGAUGAUGACAAUGAUUAAUGGUGUGGUCGCGAUAUUAGCUGGAGUCAUUGUACAGGAAGCCACGGAGUUUACGCAGACUAAAACGGCACCUUUUAUGUGUGCGGUGUUCUUCCUGGUUGUUGGCUUCGAUCUGAUGUUGAGAAAGUGGGUGAGUGACACCCCUUGGAUCUCCAGUAAUCCCUAACAUUCUAGUCUGAAAACUUUGGAGAGCCAACGGAGACCGAGAAACCUGAGGGGAAUAUGUCUGAUAAAAAGACAUUCGCUCAGCUCGUGUAUGGCGAGUAA